UAUGCUGAACGCAUGCGCGACUGUAGUCUGUCUUUUGUCGCCAGUAAGUACAAAUAAUUAAGGUAAUUGCAACUAUUCUGGCACACAGACUGUGUAAAUUGCUUGCAGAUGCUGUAAUUUUAAUAAAUCCGAGGCGCGUGUCGUGUUGUCUUAUGUAGAGAAACGUCUGAAUACAGGUACAGUACAUACGGGGUCGUAAGACUGAAGUCUGAUGAACAGCGGCUGCUGCUGUUUUGUUAGCUAAAGCUAACGUUAAAUACCCAAUAUAGCUAGCUAGGCUGUACGAGAUUGUUCUCAGGUCUGUCAUCUUUUCGUCCGUGGAGUUUAAAGUUCAAAGAGCGUUAGAAGACGACUGUCCUGUGUCGAAAAUUAAUCCAUAGUCAAUGGAGUGAAAGACAGGUGGAUGCUCAACCCACUGUAUGGCUAUAUCUUGGCAGAGACAUUCUGGGGUGUGAGGGCCUCAUUUGCUGCACUUCCCUGUCCCCAACCCCUGGUUUUCCCAUUCUUAAACCCAGAUGGAGGAACGUCAAGAAACCACCUUUGAAGGUGGUGAGGAGUUCAGCCAGGGAGAAACCAACCAGUCCCUGCUGCAAAGUGCAGUGAGAAUGAGGCCUGUAUCACCACAAAUCAGAAGGGCUGAUGAGGUGCCGCUCCUGGUCGGUAGUCCCUUGCCUGAGGCUGAAGAGAUGGGCAGUAUGAGGUCUCAGGACACUCCUGAAAACCAGCUAGUCCAUGAACAGUCAAAUCCCCUUGCCACACAGGAGCAGAAGUAUGCAAAGCCAGAUGCCCUCUUAACAGAAGGCCUGCACCAGCAGAACGCCCAGGUCGCCACCAAGGAAGUUCUUACAAGCCCUGAUGUGGAGGAUCUGGACUCCUUCAACCUAAUAGAGCCCCCUCCCCUUGACUGGAGGUCUGACUCUUCCAGUGAUGAUGGCUCAAUGGCAGAAGUGGACGACAGCAGCUUCCUGCAGCCAGACCUGAUGGACACUCCAGAAGACAGACUGAGUGAGCCCCAGCUACCUUUAGACCCAAAUAUCUGUGCCACAGAACCCAGGAUGGACCUUAAAGACGGUGAGGACCAUGAAGUUCCAAGCAGCUCUGAGGAGCAAGAGGAUCUUAAGGAAGAGGAGGAGGAGGAGCAAAGCGGGGAAACCAGGCCAGAUGAUGUCGACCACACUCAGAUUCAGGCUCUACUGUCACAGCUUCAGCUCUUCAAUCAGACUUCUGUUUCUGAAGCAUCCAGCCAUGAGAUGCCCUUUUCUGCCUCUGUCCCUCCCUUAGAGAGAGGGUCUUCCCCCAAUUUGGUGACUGAUAUGAGCAUACUGCAGCCAGGCACUGAGGGACAACAGGGUUCUGGUCUGCUGUUCUCUGAGAGCAAUCAGAGAGACCUACUGGGCCUGCUGGAGUGCGAGGAGGUGAAGAUGCCACCGAUGGCCUCCCAUGCAGACUAUGUUCCGCAGUGUGGUGACAUGGAUGCUGUGGUCUCAGUCACUUACAGCCAGGAAGACGGGGAGAGAUUUUGGGAUCACUUUGCGAAUGGCCAGAUGGGGGGCAGAGAUGACGCUGUCUCCCCUGAUGAUGAGAUCCCAGAACCUGUGUGGCUGAAGACAGAAAGGGGCAGCCCUUCAGAGGAAGAAGCCACAGCUGCAGAAUUCAGGGACACGAACACAGAGAAUCACCCAGCUUAUAAAGAUGUGCCUGGUCCCUGUGACCCAGACGACCUGCUGGAUGGAGUGGUCUUUGGGGCAAAAUACCUGGGCUCCACACAGCUGCUAUCAGAUAAGAACCCUUCUACCAAUGCCCGCAUGGCCCAGGCUCAGGAGGCUGUGGACAGGAUCAAGGCUCCAGAAGGGGAAAAUCAGCCUAUGACUGAAGUAGACCUCUUCAUCUCCACACAGCGCAUAAAAGUGCUCAGCGCUGAUACUCAGGAAGCUAUGAUGGACCACCCACUCCAGAUGAUCUCCUACAUCGCAGACAUUGGCUCCAUCGUGGUCCUGAUGGCACGUCGGAAGCCCAUUGGACGGAAAGGGGCAGAGGAAGGCUCAGCGUCCAGCUCCCCAAGCUCUCGCAAGAAGUGCUGCAUGAUCUGCCAUGUCUUCUCCUCAGAGGAUGCGCAGAUUAUAGCUCAGGCAAUUGGACAGGCAUUUGGAGUGGCCUACCAGCAGUUCCUGCAAGCCAAUGGUAUCAAGGCUACGGAACUGCGGCCCAGCGAGUACAGUGAUUACCUGGGGACACAGGAGCUGUACAACGGAGACCUUGUGCACUUCUCCCGCUCAGAGAACAUCAGGGAGGUGUGCAUCUCCAAGGCCCCUGGGGAGAUACUGGGCCUGGCAGUGGUGGAGUCGGGCUGGGGCUCCAUCCUGCCCACGGUAGUGGUCGCCAACCUGCUCCAUGGAGGCCCUGCUGAGCGCAGCGGGGAGCUCAGCAUCGGAGACCGCGUCAUGUCUGUCAAUGGCACCAGCCUGGUGGGCCUACCCAUCUCCACCUGCCACAGCAUCAUACGGGAUUUAAAAAAUCAACGAGAAGUGAAGCUUAGCAUUGUCCACUGUCCUCCUGUUACCAUGGCAAUAAUCAAGCGACCUGACCCCAAGUAUCAGCUGGGUUUCAGUGUGGAGGAUGGCAUUAUCUGCAGUCUAAUGCGAGGUGGCAUUGCAGAGAGGGGAGGAAUUCGUGUAGGUCACCGUAUCAUUGAGAUCAAUGGGCAGAGUGUGGUGGCCACACCCCAUGAGAAGAUCAUCCACAUCCUGACUCACGCUGUGGGGGAGAUCCACUUGAAGACCAUGCCUGCCUCUACCUACCGGCUACUGACGGGGCAGGAGCAGCCUGUAUUCCUCUGAGGCGGCAGGGACAGGGGAGGGGUUACCACUGCCUACAUGGGGAAACCCAGGAAGCCCCACCUGCUCAUUCACAGAAUGGGAUUGGGCCUGGCUCUUCCCAUACAUAGUCAUAUCAACUGCCUGCUGAUGCAUGAUUGCUAAAUAGGAAUACUCCCUGCCGUCAUUUUGGAAAACAUACAUCAGCCUAACUGCACUUUCCAGAGUGUUGGAUCCUUAACAUUUGAUAUAAUUAUAAAUGUUUUUUUUAAAGUUUAGUCUAAUAAAGACAAGAUACGCACUCAGCCUUAAUCAUCUGAGUGGAGCAGCAGGAAAUUUGUCGUUUGACAGGCUAAUGUUUAUUUGACUGAUAAGGUACAGCAUGAUUACCUGUAUUGUCUUCCUUCCCACAUUGAGCCAGUGUGCCUCAUUCGCCUGUGCUCUUACUUCAGUGUCGUCAGCACUCAUUCUUCGGCUGCCCACUGCUAGACUCCUUAAAGAUGCACUGCGUUGCUCAGUAACACAGACACACUAGUGAAUAAUUCCAUCCAUGUAGUUGGCCUUAGUAUUGUCUGUUUCACAGCAGCACAGUGUUUUCCCUAUGCAUUCAGAAGCCUUGCAGUUUGCAUGCUAUUCCCAGAAACUAAAAUCUCAGCACUUGUGAAAACGGAGCGCCUUGAUCUGCAUAGGUUUCUCGUCGUA